AUGUCGUCGCGCCUUGUCGAUUUUUCUCUCAUUCCCUUCCACGAGGUGCAGAGCGAAGAUUUUGCACAAUAUGUCACCUUUGAGAAGGAUGGUGUAAAGAUAAACGUGCCUAUUCACGUUCCUGCUGAAUAUCGCAGCGCUGCAAAAAACGACCCAAAUUUUUUUGAACAGCUCAAAUCACAGAUACUGCACCAGUUUGCCAGUGAAGAUACGCAAGGAGAACUCUUGACCGACAGAGGAGCACCUCUUAAGCAAGAUACUACCUACGCUCUAGUUCAUGUUGCUGCUCCUAGGGUGAGUGCCUUUCAGAAACUUUCCUAG